AUGAAAUCAAUAUAUAUAUUAAUCACCUUAACCCUCCUCUUGUUUUCUUUUGUAAAUAGUAUUUUUUGUAUUCAAUUGGUUGAUAGUAGUAGUAAUAGUAAUAGUAAUAGUAACAGUAACAGUAAUAGUAAUAAUAGAAUAAGAAUAAAUAACAAUAAUUAUAAUAAUAUAUAUAAUAGAUACAAUAUAAAUAACAGAUAUAAUACUAAUACCGACCCAGUAUUGGGAGUAGAUGUAAACACUACAAUACCCAAAGAAUCAAUACAAUGUUUAAAUCAACAAAACAAUAUAGAUUAUAUGGUUGUCAAUUGUUGGAAUGAACAUGGAUUUGGAAACCCAUCAUGCCCACCAAAUAUCAAAUUGGCAAUGACUAAUAAUAUUACAUUGGUUGAUCUUUCAAUCAAAAUAUGUUAUCAUUGUGGUGAAGCAUUCUUUCAAGCCAAUGCACUGGUUGUUUUCCUUCAAACUAGAUUACCUCUUUUAAAUCCCAACUUUAUAGCAUGGAUCGAUAUGAGUCAACCUGGUCAAUGGGCUCAAAACGAUCAACAAGCCAACAAUAACUACUUUACUCAAUUUGUUAAUAUCAUCAAUGUCAAGGGUGGCUUCCCUGUUGGCAUCUUUACCACCAUGUCUGCUUGGCAGGAAAUCAUGGGACCGCAAUACACUGCCGGUUCAUCAUACCCACUUUAUUACUCACAAGAUGAUGGUGACACUAGUUUCCAAGAUUUUGUUCCUUUUAAUGGUUGGACAACCCCAACCAUGAAACAAUAUAAAACACAACAAAACAUUUGUCAAGUAAAUGUUAAUUUUGAUUUUCAAUUACCAAGUAGUACUAUUCCUAAAUUAAAAUAA